AUGAAAAUUCCGUACUAUAAGCAAAAGUCCUUUAAACGACACAUUUGGGAUUUCUCCAAUAUCAAUAUAGCAGAGCUUAAUGAGGAACUUUCCAAUCUUAAUUGUGAAAAUUGUGAAAGAGAAAAUAACCGGAUUGGCGAUGUUUAUAAAAACUGGUUUGACUAUUUUUACUCAACAGUUAAAAAGCAUAUUCCAAAUAGAAUAGUUGCAAUACGUCCUAACGAUAAACCAUGGAUGACAUCCGCU